AUGUUUGGACCAUGGAACAAUAUCGAUCCAUAUGUUAUAGCUUUAUUCUGGUUUUUAGGUAUAUGGCCUUGUGUGUAUAUGUCAGUACUGUUAGUUGAUGGUCAAAACCAACGAUUGAACGGAACUUUAGCUUCACUCUUAGCUAUGGCAUUAGGUGGUUUUAUUUUUUUGCCAUACGUCGCUUUACGUCGAAGUAAAGAUGCAAAACAAUUUCGAUUAAAUUUAUUUGUUCGUAUAUUUGAAUCAAAAUUAGUUACUAUUCUUUUAAUGAUUGCUGCUAUUGGCUUCGCAUUGUUUGCGUUAAAAUUUGGUGAUAUCCAUGCAUUUCUUCAUGAAUUCCGAACGCAUAAUUUUAUUCAUAUAAUGACGAUCGAUUUCUUUGUUGUUUCAUUUUUAUUUCCUGCCCUAGUGGAAGAUGAUUUAAAGCGAAGAAAAAUCACUAAUAAUUAUUAUUCUCGAAUUUGCUUUCUUCCAUUAAUUGGGCCAUUGAUUUAUUUAUAUCAACGCCCACCAUUGGAACAAAAAAAGCAAUAA